AUGAUUGCUAUGAGGAUGAGUAGAAAGCAAUGCGAUAACGACGUGUAUUCAUUAUCGACUCGAGGGCUUCCGGCCCCAGAAUUAACAUUCAUUCAUGUCAUAAUAUCAUCAACAUCACUUUUAGACUGUCUCGUGCAUUUGCUUGGAGUAUGGUGCAGGUUUCCCCUGCGGACGGCGAGCUGAUGUAUGGC